AAACAAUUGCCUUAAAACCUUUUAAGUCCAUAAAUGAAUAUUUGAGUACUGUGAACUUACUUCAUUUGAGGUCACAAAACAAACAUACAAUUGCCUUAAAACCCUUUUAGGUUGAAAAACUAAUAUUCGAGUACCGUAAACUUACUCCAUUUGAGUUCACAAAAGAAACAAUUGCCUUAAAACCUUUUAAGUUUAUAAAUGAAUAUUUGAGUACAGUGAACUUCAUUUGAGCACACAAAACAAACAACUGCCUUAAAACCUUUUAAGUGCAUAAAUGAAUAUUUGAGUACUGUGAACUUACUUAAUUUGAGUACACAAAACAAGCAAACAAUUGCCUUAAAACCCUUUUAAGUUGAAAAACUAAUAUUCGAGUACCUUAUACUUACUCCAUUUGAGUUCACAAAACAAACAAUUGCCUUAAAACCUUUUAAGUUUAUAAAUGAAUAUUCAAGUACUGUGAACUUAUUCUAUUGAUACACAAAAAACAGCAAUUGCCCUAAUACCAUUUAAGUUAAAAAAACUAAUAUCUGAGUACAGUGAAUUUACUCCAUUUAAGUUCUAAAACAAUUUAAGCACAGUAGAAACCAACAAGUAAAGGGAACUCAAACAUUUGCUUGCACAUUUUUCACAGAUGUUCUCAGCUUAGAUGUUUUAUUAGCAUAUUUUAACGUACUGUAUGAAAACUGAUACUACAACUAUACUCACCUAAAAUCUUUGAGUGACAUUUUAAGCAGUGGAUGGACCUUCAACAGUGACAUUUGCAUUAAAGCAAACUGAAUCAGUUUUAAUAUAUCUAGAACUACACUUUACACCCCACAAUAAUGACAAUAACAAUAUUUUUGAAAAAACUGUACAUUAUAGGUAAACAAUUAUGCAUCAAAUAAUACAAAAUAAAUAGAUAGAUCAUGAGAUAUAGCGUAUGACUCGACCAUUUAUUAAUGAUUGCUAAUGAUUAUUAAUAAUGGAUUCAUUAAUUUAUGAACUAUUAAUAGUUGGCUACUUGAGGUAUUAAUAGUUAAAUUAAUCCUUAAUAAUAUGUAAUAUACACUCUAAAAUGUUGGGUUGUCAUCAAUGUUGGGUCAUUACAACCCUGAAUUGUUUUAACAGGGUAAAUUAAUUUGCUAAUUACCUCAAGUAGCCAAAGCCAUGCAUUUCAGCAGCAUUGUUAUCUUGUUUAAGUCAUCAUUAGCUAAUCAUUUGCAAAGAGACGGUGUUAGGACUUUACUGGUUGAGGCACGUGACUGACAGAAUACCUCAUUCAAAAUCAAUAACCAUAAUAUUACUUAACAAUUAGUUAACAGCACAUGUGCUUCAACGAGUCACAACAUAACGAUCCCUUUACAAAUCAUUAGCUAAUAAUUGACUCGAGCAGACAACUGGAAGAUGAAGUACAUAUCUUGGAAUAUUGGUGAAAUGAACAAGAAUUUACAUUAUUAGAUAAUCUGAUAUGUUAUUAGGGAAUUAAUGAAUUCAAUUUAAGGGUUACUUAUAGAUCACAGAAUGUUCAUUUGUUGCGGAUGCAGUAUUCAUUAACAAAUGGCUGGGUUAUUUAGUUAACUAUCUGUGUAUUAGUUAAGCAUUUUUUAAUCAGUGCACCAGUACUGUAAAGUGUUAGCGAUUGUUCUUAACUGACUUUUAUUAUUUGCCUUUAUAUUCUUAUAUAAAUAUCUAUCAGCUGUAGAUAGAAAUAAAGGUGACUUGCCUUUAUUUAAAUGUAAGCUUUUUAUAACACAUGAACAUUUCUUCGCACAUUUAAAAGUAGUUCUAUAGUAGCUUAUAGUAAAUAUAUUAUUGUUUACGAACAAUACUAUAGUAAAACACUUGAAUUAAUCUGCUGUAGGAAUUCGACAAAUGCUAUGGUCACACAACAUCAAAGAAAUCACCUAAUACUCUAGUUUUAACGACCUAACAAUGUAGAAUUGCACAUAUUACUUCAAUACACCAACAUUUACUGUAGUAAAGUAUACUACAAUAUUGAAGUUUAUCAGUUUACUGUAGUUGUCAUCCGUUGUAAGCAUUGUAAAUACUAUAAUAUAUACAGAGUACAACAUAAUACACUUUACUAUAGUUCAAAAAACUAUAGUAUUUACUACAAAAGUCUACAGCAUUUUAGUAUUUUACUAGACUCUUGAAUUAAAUAUUAUAGUGUUUUGAACUAUAGUAAAAUAUAUCACGCGGUACUACAUAUAUUAUAGAAUUUACAAUGCUUUGUUAAUGAAUUGCAUUUGAAUCUUUAUGUUUAUAUGGACUCUUUAAGUACUUUUAAAAGUUUUUCUUCCCUCAAACGCCAUUAUUUUGAGUCUCUUCAGGGGAACAGAUUGUGUUUGUUUGCUCAGAGCUGAAGCCACGCCUUCGCGGUAGCGGCGCGUCCGAGUCUCCUUGGAAACUCCAGGCGCCUGACGCGCGCGCACCGCUCGGGGCUCCAAACCUGAUGCUCAGCGCCCGCGAGAGAGUGAUGGAGGCUGAGGUUCGAGAUCACCAUGAAUGACAAAUACCACAAGGCAGCUCGGGAUGGCUACCUCGACCUGCUUAAAGAAGCGACGCGGAAGGACCUGAAUGCGCCGGAUGAAGAUGGCAUGACACCGACCCUAUGGGCCGCGUACCACGGCAACCUGGACGCGCUGCGGCUGAUCGCAGGGAGAGGGGGGAACCCAGAUAAGUGUGACAUAUGGGGAAACACGCCACUUCACCUGGCUGCCUCCAAUGGCCAUCUCAACUGCCUGUCCUUCCUGGUGUCCUUUGGUGCCAACGUGUGGUGCCUGGACAACGACUACCACACGCCUUUGGACAUGGCUGCCACCAAGAACCACAUGGAUUGCGUACGCUAUCUGGACUCUAUCGCGGCCAAGCAGACAGCCCUCAAUCCAAAGCUAGUAAGCAAACUGAAGGACCGGGCCUUCCGGGAUGCCGAACGGCGCAUCAAGGAAUGUGUGAAACUGCAGCAGAGGCACCGGCGGCGCAUGGAGCGGAAGUUUCAGCGAGAGGCAACGGAAGCAUCAGUUUCUGAUGCCAUGAGCUUCUCCAGCUACGCCAGCAGCACCUUGAGUCGCAAGUUACACCACUUCAACACUGCCACUAAUGUGCCAUACUCCCAGGCUACUAUCCAUGCCACAGCCAGGGGCAAAACUAAAAUCCAGAAGAAGCUUGAGAAGAAAAAGCAAGGUGACGGGACAUUCAAGAUUUAUGAAGAUGGCCGGAAAAGUGUGCGCUCCUUGUCUGGUUUACAGCUAGGCAACGACGUCAUGUUUCUGAAGCAAGGUACGUAUGUGAACCCUAAAGACCGGUCUCGUCGCAACAUACGUGACAUGUUCCCCAGUGACAACGAGGAUGCCAUCUCACGUGCCAUCAGUGAACCGGACCUGCAUGGUCAAGAUGUGGACUACUCCGAGAUCAGCACUGACUCAGGCCACGACUCGCUCUUCAACCGGCCUGGCCUGGGCACAAUGGUUUUCCGUCGCAACUAUGUGAGCGGUGGACUUUUUGGCAUUGGUAGCAGAGAUGAAGGCAGCCUGACCGGCAGUGAACGAGUCGAUAAUGUGCGUCUCCAAAAUCGAAUGCAUCCCAGUCUGGAUGACGACAGCAUUGGAAGUGCCCAUAGCUUGCAGGAGAGGAACAUUCAGGAGCUGCCUUGGGAUGAGGUGGAGUUGGGUCUGGAUGAUGAUGAUGAGCCCGACACUAGUCCACUAGAAGUGUUCCUGGCCACGCAAAGCAUGAAUGAGUUUAUUCCUAUAUUAAAAAGAGAGAAGAUCGACCUGGAUGCCCUGUUACUCUGCUCAGACAAUGACCUUAAGGGCAUUCACAUCCCCUUGGGACCCCGCAAGAAGAUCAUGGACGCCUGUAUGCGCCGACUGGAGACAUUAGAGGAACCAGGCCCCAUAGAAGACACUGAGAUGUGAAGUUCUUGCCUUAAUGUCUGUUUUACCUCAGUGAACGUUGAAGAAUAAGCAAGAGUUUACAGGCUAGAGUUUGUGCCAUUUUUCUUUGAAGAUGGCAAAAGUUGCAUUGUCAACAUUUGGCCAACACUGUCGAGAAACUAAUGAGAUAGAAACCUAAACUAGGGGUGUCCAGUCCUGCUGCUAAAGGCCCACUAUCCUGCAAAGUUUAACUCCAGCACAGCUGUCGGGAUGUUUCUAGUGUUCCUGAAAACCAUAACUAGCUGGUUAAGUGUGUUAAAAUGGGGACCUUCCAUGAGAAGAGCUGAACCCCCUGGUGUAAAUGAACCCCUAGGGUUCAACAUCACUAAAAACACAUUUUUUAGAAAAUUAUAUUGUUAUUGUCACUGUGUUAACCACGUAAACAUGCAGUUAUAUGUAUAUAUAGGUAUGCACGAAUAUUUGAAUAACAAUUUGACUGAAAUAAUUCAUGCGACCAUGGACCACAAAAGGGCCAAUUUUAUGACAAUGAGAUGUAUGUAACUUCUAAAAGUUGUAUAGGUAAGCUUUCCAUUGAUGUAUGGUUUGUUAUGAUAGGCGAAUAUUUAACAGAGAUAAAGCUAUUGAAAAUUUGGAAGCUGAGGUUUCAAAAAAAUAAGUUCAAAUUAGGUCCUUGGCACAGCAUAUUAUUAUUUAAGUUUUGAUAUAUUUACUUAAUCUUGACUUAAUAUCCUAAUAAUGCUUUUUGGCAUAAAAGAAAUAUUUUAAAUCAUAGUCACAGUUUAUUUGUUGACUACUUCGACAAAUAUGACUUUUUUAUUUAUUAAAGACUUUCAGAUUUUGUGGUCCAGGGUCACAUAUAUGCACAUGCCCCUUAUAAUGUUAUCAUGCCUGGCUUGGCAUGCAGAUAUAAGUAUACAACAUGGUUUUGUGAAAGCUGCGCUUUUCUAAAACAAAAGGGAAAACCUUUCAGUUUUUAGUAUGUUGCUGUUUAGUAAAUGUAUCCUAAAUCCAACUUAGAAAACAAUCCAUGCAUAAAGAGUCUGUUGUAAUAACACAAUAGCGGUUUUAUAGUAGAGCUUUAUAGUGGACUGCUGUUGCUGAAAGACUAUAUUACCUCUGUAACUGACACAAACAGCGCAAUAUACAUAAAACGGUUAUUCAGUUCAAAAUGUAAUGAUUAUCAUGUGCCAUGUGGCAAACGCAGGGAGCGAAAAUGAGGUCACAUCUCAUUACAAGCACUCUUAUAAUACUCCUGCCCCUAUGGGGCAUACAUCUCAGUGCCUGUGCUAUCCGUGCCAGCACAUUUCUAUACAAAAUGUCAUUUAAGACAUAACAUGUUGUACAUAAUUUGAUAAGUUCUUUGUAAUACAUGCAAAGCUGGUGUAUGCUACACACUAUGGCAGCAGAGCUAUUCUCAAUAAAACACAGAAAGAUCCAAAUGAUGUAUCACA